CCCCAGCCGGCCAGGCGUGCCCUCGCAAACCAUGAGCAUCGGCCGCCAUGCCCUUCUUACGCCGCCGCGGCAACAUGGCCAGUGAGACCGACAUGCGCCGCCUUACCACUGCCUUUGCGCCGGCCUCUGACGACGUCCCCGAGGCGCCGUCGCCGCCCUCCCAGCCAGACGACGAGGCUGCCGAUCCGCAGUCACGCCCGCAGAGCCGCGGAUCCGUCUCGUCGCUCGACCGUCCCUCCACGCCGCCCGUCCAGCAGCAGUCCAGCAAGCACCGGCGCUUCUCCGUCCUGCGCUUUCGAAAUGCCUCCGACUCCCAGCUGUCUCUGCGUGUCAAGCAGGCUGCCGAGAAGCCUCCUCCCGUUCCUCGACCUCCUGCCAUCAUCACUACCGCUCCCACCAUGAACAUGGAACCGAGCAGCAUCAGGAAAUCAUCCUCCCGCCUGGGGUUGGCUGCAAUGCUGCGACGAUCCACCGACAUCCCCCGUGACGAUCCCUUGUCCAGCCAUCGCCGCGAACCCAUGCCCAGAAAGUCCAUGGGCGACCAAGGACGACCCUCGCUGAGCGUCGCAGACGAUGCCGAGCCUCAAUCGCCACGGCCCUCGACCCAGACGACGGUUGAUUCCACCGGCACCGGGCUCAACAUCGCCCCUCGACCCUCCGAGUCCUCGAGAUCAGACGUUAGCUCCACUGAUCGCGUAUCUCACAGCUCUACCCCCAAAAAGUCGACAUCGUCCACGUCCUUCUUCAAGCUGCGCAGGAACAAGAGGCCGCCGGAGCCGCUGUUUCCCUUUGCGCACCUUCAGCAAAAGGGCGGCGGCGCCACGCCGGCAGACGGAUCCUCGACCGCCUCUCUGGGCGUCGAGGCCACACCACGCCCGGUUUCCGCCCAGAGCACCGGUCUGCACAAAGCCGAGACUGACCACGGCCCUCAUAUGAACCCGGCCAUUGCCCUGUUCAACGCAAACGCCCCUCCUCGCUCCGAUCACUCCUCUCCAACCCGGACCACCCUGUUACGCGGGAGGUCGUCCACGUUGAGCUCAAUAGGAAGAGACUCCAACGAUGAGCACCUCGGGCCUCCCCCCAAUUCGCGGACGUCCACCUCCAUUGGCCGCAAGAGCUUUGGUGAUCUCUUGGGCCUGACCCGGCUUCGCCAGAACUCCGACCUCAGCCGGCAAGGCUCCUUCACACCCGCGACGCCGGGAUCCACUGGCUCCAAGAACAACUCGCUUCAGCUGCCGCGCGAUUCCAUAGUCCUCCCCGAGCGACUCGAGGACGAAUCCCCCGCCAAGUACAUUGCUCGAAUAGAAGGCAUGGUCAGUCGAGGCGUCAUAGCCGCCGCGCUGUCCAAGGGAACCGACGCUUUCUCGACCGCCGCCCUGAGGAGCUUCAUGAGGACGUUUAGCUUCUUUGGAGACCCCAUGGACAUGGCCCUUCGCAAGCUCUUGAUGGAGGCUGAGCUGCCCAAGGAAACGCAGCAGAUAGACCGGUGCCUGCAGGCGUUUGCGAACCGCUACCACGAGUGUAACCCCGGCAUCUACUCCUCGCCUGAUCAGGCCUACUUCAUUGCCUUUUCCCUCCUCAUCCUCCACACCGACGUCUACAACAAGAACAACAAGCGCAAGAUGCAAAAGGCGGAUUACCUGAAGAACACCCGCGGAGAGGGCAUCUUUGACGAGAUUCUCGAGUGCUUCUACGACAACAUUUGCUAUACCCCCUUUAUCCACGUUGAAGACGACCUCGACCUGAACAAUGACCGCCACGGAAGCUUCAAAUCGAAGCGCAAGAUCCUCCCGGCCCCUCCCGGCGACCCUGCCAAGCGGGCAGCGAAGGAGCCUCUCGAUCCCUAUACGCUCAUCAUCGACGGGAACCUGGACGCUCUGCGACCCAAUCUCAAGUCCGCUAUCCCCCUUGAAGAUCAGUACUGCUAUCUGGGGCCGGGGCAGACGCUGAACUUGAAAGACUUGCAAAAGACUUUUUUCAGGACAGGAGUCCUACAGAUUGUCUCUGCGAGGUCCCGCCCAGACGCCUUCAUGUCUGACAAGCCCCUCAACAACCCAGACGACGCACCGGGCAUAGUCGACAUCAAGAUUACAAAAGUCGGGCUUCUGUGGCGGAAAGAAGCCAAAAAGAGGAAGACGCGGUCUCCCUGGCAGGAGUGGGGGGCCAUCUUGACAGGCGCUCAGCUCUACUUCUUCCGCAACACCGGCUGGGUCAAGAGCCUCAUGCACCAGUACGAAAACCAUGUCAAGGCUGGUCACGACGGAAUACCCAUCACCUUCAAACCCCCCUUGGAAGAGUUCAAGCCGGAUGCACUCAUGUCCACCAAGGGCGCCGUGGCUCUGCUCGACAUGUCCUACAAGAAGCACAAGAAUGCCUUCAUCUACGUCAGGCAGGGAGGCUUGGAUGAAGUUCUUCUUGCUGACGACGAGCAGGAGCUUCAUGACUGGUUGGCCAAACUCAACUACGCCGCCGCCUUUAGGACAUCGGGCGUUAAGAUGCGCGGCGUUGCUGGUGGCACCUACGACGGCCACAGUCGCCGGGCUUUCAGGAGGCUCGAAAGCUCAGACGCCACGCAACUCGUCGAGACUCCAACCGGCCUCGUGUCGAUUGCGAGGAGCCGAAUCGACCACAAGAUGGCCGAAGAUAUUCAGCAGGCGAGACGCGAGAUUAUGCGAGAGAAGAUUGCCGAGGCAGACCGCAAAAUAGAGGAAGCCAAGAAGGCCCUGGAAGACCAGCUGAGAAACGCCCGCCACCUCAUGAUUCUCGCGCCCGUCCAGCCGAGGACGAGGGAGCAGCUUCUCCUGGCCGCGGCUCGCAUGUCUGCGCAGCUUAGGUGGGCGCGCAUGGAGAUCUGGAAGGAGAAGUGCCAUCGGGACAUCUUGGCUUUGGACUUGAAAGAAGAGGGGGAACUGAUUGAGGACAAGCCUACAGCAGCUGACACUCGCCCUUCGGUUGAGGAGCGUCGUGUGUCCUCAGCGCCGCACCCAUCCGGUUCUGUGACGAAACGACCCGAGUCCAAGGCAAUGUCCGAGAAGCUGCCCCAGUCGCCUCUCGUGGAGGCUCAUCCUGACUUCUUCUCGGACAAGAACGACUUCAAGGUGGAAUUGCAGGAUCCGGCGAGGCCAACGUCGCCGCCAUCCACGCGGCCGACGAGCGAAGUGCAUCCGCCGCCCGAGGUACAGGAAACGCCCAAGCUGGAUAUCGGAAGCGUCAGGCAUGGCUCGGUCUCGAGCAUCACGCCUUCCCCCGUGCAGCCAUCCACGGGUACGAUGCAGGGCAAGCAGCCGCUCGAGCCACACGAUGAGGAUGAGACGGCCGAAGUCAAGUCGAAUCACACACAUGACGAAGUGGACGCGGAUGAGAGGCACUUCUUGAGACAGGCGGGCCUGUUGGAAGGAAGAGUAGGAAGGGAUCCGUCAGACAAGUCCAUCACGUCCACCACCGGAGAGGCUGGCGAGCCUUCCUCAUCAGCAGACAAGUUCGAGAGAAGCAAGAUUCGGCGCAGCCUUCAACGCACCCUUAGGGAGAGUGCUGGUCAUCUCUCCCACCAUCGGAGCAGGAAGGGCAGGGAAACGGGCCCGGCGGCGUCGGCAGAGGACACCAACCGCGACAGUACGCUGUCGCGAGGAACCGGCAGCUUUGUUGUUCAUGGAAAGAAGGCUUCUGUCAUUCAGCUCGGAACAGAACUGCAGGUCUUGAACAACGAGGAGCAGCUGCUGGCUCGGAAGUCGCAGCAGCAGAGCUACCGGCAGUCAACCGACCAACCUGCCUUUUCCCCUCCGAGCGAAGAGCAGGAAGACGACUUUUACUCGGUGCUGGAAGCUCCUUUGGAGCACAGCGUGUCUCGUGAACGGAGGGAGUCGGCAGCGAGCGCCAGUACGGCCACGGCCAGGAGCUUCCGAGAGCUCCACCGGAAGUAUUCGUCGGCCCAGGCAGCCCGGAGCGUCUCUGCGGGAGGAAGGCUGGCUAUUCCUUCAGAUGCGGAUAGCGAGGUGGCGGUGAGCUUUUCAGACGGCCGAAGAUCGCCUCUGCCACCCAUUGAAACAGAGGAAGACGACGAUGACGAACUAGAAGCAUUCACGGCUGAGUCGGCUAUAGAUGAGGAGGGAGAUACCACGAUGGAACUGGAACAGAAGGAUGAGGAAGUAGAGCACAAGCUGGAAGAUGGGGUGCUGGAGGAAGAGCCGGCCAAGGAGAAGGAGGCAGAAGAGGCAGAGGCAGCGGCAGCACACGACCCCGAUUCUCUGCCCGGCCGACCAUCGCAAGCAGUGGACGCAUGA